AUGAAAUAUAAAGAAGUAUUGAGAUUUUCUGAAGACCUUGUAGUAUUGGCUGAAAUUAUUUUCUAUAGUUGGGGUAUCACAAUUAUUAAGAGAUAGAGGAAACUUCCUCAUUAUUAGUAAUAUAUUUUCUUAGUUUUAUACUUGGAAGCACUUUAUAAGGGAUUUCCUCCUUUUAACAUAGAUUCUCAAAUUUCACAUAAAUAAUUCUGUUUUAUAUGGGUUAUGUAAUCAAAGGGAUAUCGGUUUGGAGUUCUACUUAAGAAAAUAUUUCCAUCUCAUUAAAUGUUCAUCUAAUAAUUCAAUUUCAUUUUUCAAAAGAACAAAGCAUCUAGCAAAGAAGUUUGUCUUAUUAUGCCUUUUUCUUAAUUUGCAUUAAUACUUUUAAUUACAUCACUGUAACAACUGAUAGCUACUUUAUAUUCUGCCUUGAUAUAAUUUUAGUAGUUUUAGAUGCCAAACACCUCUCCUUAAUUUUAGAUAAAAAUGCUAAAAGAUCCUAAUACCAUUAACCAAAUAGUACACUUAAUACUACAACAAAUUAGUAAAAGUUAGGGUAAACAUUUCAAUUUGAACUACCUUCAGUAAAAAGUCCAAAGGCUCCAUUUAAUUUAUAUGAUCGAUUUUCAACUAAGAAACUAACAUUUAAUACUAAAAUGGAUGUUUUUGAAUCCACAAUAAGGCUGGAAGAUUAUUUAAAAAAAGUAUUUGAGAAUGAACAGCAGAAAAGAGAUGUUAUAAUUUAAGAAUAAUUUUUUUAAUUAUCAUUAUUAUACAAAUAUAAUGAUAUUACACAUAAAAUUAAAAUAUCAGAUUUUCUCUCUGAUUAUUAUGAAGAAUUAUCAAACAUAUAUUAUUUUUCAAUUGAAGAUAAUGACACUUUUGAUUUUAGAGAUACAGUUUUGUUAAUUGAAUAGGUUAAAAAUAGUAAAAGUGAAACAUUGAUUUAGUUUUUAUUUUUGGAUGUUCCAUAAAAAUAUUAAAGAAAAUAAAGUAAAGUUAGAAAAUAAUUGUUUUUUGAUAUGUGUAAAUAAUUAUCUCAUGAACUUGGAACUAGUCUAAAUUCUCUAAUGACAUUUAGCAAUUUAGCUGCUGAAGAUUAGGGAAUUUCAGAAUAGAUUAAAACAACUUAUAUUUAUCCUAUUUUAAUAAAUAGUGUUUAAUUUAAUUUAAUUAUUAAUAAUGUUAGAGAUUUUACUCAUUUGGGAUUAAAAAUAUUUCAGCUUAAAUUAGAAGAGAUGCAUAUCAUCUAAACAGUUGAAUUUAUUAAUUCUUUAUUUGAAGAACCCCUUCAAAGUAAAGGAAUAGAAUUAUCUGUUUAAUAUCAUUUAAAAAAUGGAUUUUUAAUUACUGAUAAAGAAAGAUUUGAAUAAAUUUAUUUUUAGUUGUUAUAAAAUUCAGUUAAAUUCACUUUAUCAGGAUAAAUAAGAGUUAAUAUUUAUAAUAAUGCAGAUAGAUUUAUUUUAUCAAUCGAAGAUACUGGUAUUGGUUUGAGUGAAGAAGAUGAACAUAAUCUCAAUUAUUUGUUGGAUUAAGAUGAAUUUAUUAAAGUUUCAGAUAGUUAAGUUGGUUCUGGUAUGGGAUUAGUUAUUUCUAAUAUGAUUGUCAAAUAACUAAAUAGAGGAGUACCUAUUAAGUUUAAAAGAUUGUUGAUAGGUUCAUAAUUUUAUUUUGAAUUGCCCAAUGAUAUUUAGGAAAUCUUUAUUUCUAAUUAAAAGGCUUUAAUAGAAAAUUCUUAAGGGUCAUAAUCUAUCAAAUUGAUAUCAUAAAAUUCAUAUAUAGAAGGACCACUAGGAUAAUAAUCUCAUGUUAUAUCUUAAAAGUUAUCUUCCCAAAAAUUAUCAUUCAAAAAAAAGAGAAAAGAAACUAAAUCCUUUUCUGUUGUUCAUCAUUNUACAAAUAUAAUGAUAUUACACAUAAAAUUAAAAUAUCAGAUUUUCUCUCUGAUUAUUAUGAAGAAUUAUCAAACAUAUAUUAUUUUUCAAUUGAAGAUAAUGACACUUUUGAUUUUAGAGAUACAGUUUUGUUAAUUGAAUAGGUUAAAAAUAGUAAAAGUGAAACAUUGAUUUAGUUUUUAUUUUUGGAUGUUCCAUAAAAAUAUUAAAGAAAAUAAAGUAAAGUUAGAAAAUAAUUGUUUUUUGAUAUGUGUAAAUAAUUAUCUCAUGAACUUGGAACUAGUCUAAAUUCUCUAAUGACAUUUAGCAAUUUAGCUGCUGAAGAUUAGGGAAUUUCAGAAUAGAUUAAAACAACUUAUAUUUAUCCUAUUUUAAUAAAUAGUGUUUAAUUUAAUUUAAUUAUUAAUAAUGUUAGAGAUUUUACUCAUUUGGGAUUAAAAAUAUUUCAGCUUAAAUUAGAAGAGAUGCAUAUCAUCUAAACAGUUGAAUUUAUUAAUUCUUUAUUUGAAGAACCCCUUCAAAGUAAAGGAAUAGAAUUAUCUGUUUAAUAUCAUUUAAAAAAUGGAUUUUUAAUUACUGAUAAAGAAAGAUUUGAAUAAAUUUAUUUUUAGUUGUUAUAAAAUUCAGUUAAAUUCACUUUAUCAGGAUAAAUAAGAGUUAAUAUUUAUAAUAAUGCAGAUAGAUUUAUUUUAUCAAUCGAAGAUACUGGUAUUGGUUUGAGUGAAGAAGAUGAACAUAAUCUCAAUUAUUUGUUGGAUUAAGAUGAAUUUAUUAAAGUUUCAGAUAGUUAAGUUGGUUCUGGUAUGGGAUUAGUUAUUUCUAAUAUGAUUGUCAAAUAACUAAAUAGAGGAGUACCUAUUAAGUUUAAAAGAUUGUUGAUAGGUUCAUAAUUUUAUUUUGAAUUGCCCAAUGAUAUUUAGGAAAUCUUUAUUUCUAAUUAAAAGGCUUUAAUAGAAAAUUCUUAAGGGUCAUAAUCUAUCAAAUUGAUAUCAUAAAAUUCAUAUAUAGAAGGACCACUAGGAUAAUAAUCUCAUGUUAUAUCUUAAAAGUUAUCUUCCCAAAAAUUAUCAUUCAAAAAAAAGAGAAAAGAAACUAAAUCCUUUUCUGUUGUUCAUCAUUUUGAAGAUGAAAUUGAAAGUGAUGUUUAGAGUGAAUCACAUAAAAAUAAUAUUCAAUUUUUACCAUUAUUUUCAACAAAAUAAAAUAAAGAUAGGUUAGAAUAUUGUUUAUAAAGUGAGUGUUGCUCUAGAGCUAUGAUUGUUGAUGAUGAAUAUUACAAUAUAAGUUGUUUAAAAUUAAUUAUGCAACAAUAUGGAGUAAAAUGCGACCAUGCAUUUAAUGGUUAAGAUUCUAUUGCUUUAAUUAAAAAUAAAAAGGAAAAUCCUUGCUAACAUUGUCAUAAUUAAUAUUAUUUACUAAUAUUUUUGGAUAUAAAUAUGCCUAUAAUGGAUGGAUUUCAAACAAUCAAAAUUAUUAAAACUUAAAUGAAAACAGAAGAAAUUAAAAAGGUUUAUUGUAUAGCUAUAACAGGAUUAUCCGACCUCUUAACUAAAUAAAAAUGCUAUGAAAAUGGAAUGGAUUAUUUUAUGAAUAAACCUCUAAACUAAAAUUUGCUUAAAGAAAUUCUUUUAACAUUUUUUCCAACUUUAGAAAUUAAAGUUAUUUGA